CACUCACACUCACCCCCGGAGGCCGCUCGGUCGCAGAGGCCGACGCUGCGCCAGUCAUUCAUCUUUUGCAGCUCUUUUCGCCAGUCAAAUCUCAACCUCAUGCCCUGAGUCCCAGCUUGCCAUAAGAUGACAUCAGCUACCAGAAGACAUGGCUCAAAGUCAGCUGUGUUGACCUUCAAGGCAGCAGGCCCCCAUCCAUUACUUAGAUGCAACAGCGCUAGAACCAUGCGUGACGGAAAGAAUAUUGAUGUAGGAGGCGUAAAGCCCCUCGUCUCCAGGACAGAAAUACACUGCGGGAGAACGGGAAACUCUCGCACGAAUGCUGGAAAACCUGCAUAUAAAUCUCAAGAAGAGCAGUACCAGGAAAUACAAGAACUCCGAAGACACCUUGGAGAGCUGCGGGAAGAGAACUCUGGUCUCAAGACACGCACCCGACGUCUCGAAGAAGACUUGAUCCGCAGAGACCGUCAGAUAGAACAGCUGAUGGAUCCAGCUAAGAAUGACGAGGCUAGGAGAAAGUUAACGGACAAGGGAGCCUCUCUAGUGUCCAGCUUGAAGUUGAGAGUUUCACGCCUGGAAUCGACACUAAAGGAUAAGGAAGCUGAGCUUGCAAAGCUUCAAGCCUCAGCCAAAGCAACGGCCUUGAAUGAACUGAAGAUAGAGGCUGAAACUUAUUACCAGGAGGUUGUAAGACUGAGGAAUCAGUUGAAUGUGGCUCAACAGCAUCAGCAGCAACAGCAAUAUCAGCCUCAGCAACAUCACCAGCAUCAACAGCAGCAGCAGCAGCACCCUCAACAGCAGUACCAAAAGGUUCCCCAGCAAAGCUCUCCUCAGCACACACACGCACAACUGCACUUGCAGCCUCCUACACCUCCUGACGGGAAGAGCAUGAAUGUGGCCCACUGGUCCAACCUUCGUGGCAGUGGUCGGGAGAGCAGGGAGGGCAUGCACGGCUAUAGGGACGGCGGUGAUGGCCAGGAGUCACCCACGCACAGUUUAAGGCACGCGCUCACCCAGAUGGAGGAAGAGAACGCCCGCCUUGGACAGCAGGUGGCAGCCUUGGCGUCGGAGAAGGCCAAGCUCACAGCAGACAUAGAGAGGGUUCUAGGGCUUUCUGAUGAAGUCAAAAGCAACUAUGAGGGCCUCAACCGGGCGGAAUUAAUACGAGAGAUCGAGCGGAGGCACGAAGAGGUGACGAGGUUGGAGUCUCAGCACAGCCAACUCACAGAAGCCCUUGCGAGGAGGAACGACCUGGCAGGGGAUAGCGGUGUGCUCCUUCAGGCCAGAGUAUCGGAGCUCCAAGCAAGGGAGGUGGAAUGGGAGAGGGAACGUUCAAGUAUGAGGGAACUGAUCAACACUCUAAAAGAUGAUCGGUUGUUCUACAAGGAGACUGCGCAGAAGAAAGAGUCGGAAUUGGAUGGUCUUCGUCAAGAAAUCCAGACUCUCCAACAGGAGGUCAUUUCUCUUCAUGACCAAAACCGCAGACGCAAUGAGCGGCCAACGCCCCCUCCUCAAAGGUCCGUGCGGGGAACAGCUAGGCCUACAGUGUCAAGUGCUUCAAGGUCAGGGUCAAGCAGUGAGGCAAACACUCCAACACGUCGUCCUCGCACGUCAAGUGCUCGACCCCCGCCGGCAAGCACACGAACACAGAGGUCAUCUAAGUCAUCCAGCGAACCACGAGAAAUACCUCCUCAGAGCAAAAGCCGAAAAACACCCACUCCACAGACCACAAAGAAGCCUACUGUUACCAAACCAUCUUCCAGACAGACCUCAAGUACUUCGUCUCCAUCAAAGGUUACACCAAGCAGUUUGCAGAACUCUGCUGGCAAUGCGAGACCGAGCAGUGGUAGCAGGAGGACAACAGUAUCAUCAGCAAGUUCCUCUCCCAAAGCCAGCCCUUAUGCUUCACCCAAACACACUUCUGCAGCUAGCCGUGCAAACUCCAUAUCAGCCUCAAAGACUCCCACCCCACUGAGUUCACCUCGCAAGACUGCAGGAACUGCAUCACCUCAGCAGAAACCUGCGACCAAAACAUCCCCUCAGCACAAGCAGUCAGGAUUGACCUCACCCUCGAAAGUGCCCACCUCACGUGCCUCCUCUAGAACAAGUACCCCAUCCUCCUCGGUCAAAUCCUCCCCCUCCAAAGUAAACUCUGCUAAUCGCUCACCCUCAAAAGUCCCCCUACCCAGCAAAACCAGCAGCCCAAUCAAAUCACCAGCAAAAAAGAGGGAAGAAAGUGCAAGUCCGACAAGAAGCCCAAGAACAGUGAAACAGGACACUGUCAGAGAAUCCUCUUUGUAUGCUACUUCUCGGCAUCUGGUAGAAUCCCUAUCCCGAGGCAUAGCUCAUGGUAGGGGAGAAGAUAGGCACCGCACUCCCCUGGCACAGCAGCAAGAGUGGCGCAUGUACCACUCCUCCAGGCACGUUGUUCCUCACCAGCACUACGUUGGGAGCUCGCACCACACGCACUAUCUUGGCGGACAGGAGGAAGAUGAGGAAAUCCUGGCAGAGAUCAUUUUCCACCGGGAGACUGACAGCAGCGGAGAGGCCUCUGAUCCCUCCCACGGCAUGGUACGACAACGAACAAUGACCCUUAGCACCCAGGAUGACCAAGCUUCUCAGGGUGACAAGGAAGACGAAUCAGAAUCAGCAUCUGAACGCGCAGAGAGUAGCAGCUCCCUCAUCAGGCAAAACACAGUUACCCUUAGCAAGUCAGAGGAGAGUGAGAUUAGAGAUUCAAGAGAAGGUAGCGAGGAAGUAGAGGAAGCGGAAGCCGAGCAGGAGGAAGAAAGGCAGAAAAGCGAAGACCUUAAGAGUUCAAGAGAUGUAGAGAGUCCAGUUGUAUCAUCACAGGAUACAGAGAUUAUCGAGAACCUAGAACUGCUUCAGUCCCUUCUGUCAUCUCACCUGAGCCGACAGCGCGAAGUGAAUGAGCUUCUGAGUCAGGAACCGCUUCUGGUUGGAGAAGGACAGCCAUCAAGUGACAGUAGCCCAAGUGUGUCAUCUAGACGAAGGGGCAGAAGCACAAGAGAAGCGCCAGAUGGAGAAGAAUCAUCAAGGGGUUCCUCUAAACGUUCUCAGAGCCUGGUUCGCCAGGGGACCUUCAAUGUAAGCGAGCAGGAGACCACAGUGGCUACCAUCCAUGCUACAUUAGAUGCACAUCUCACCAGGGUAAAUAAGGUGCAUCAAUUUAGCACGAAGCAGUAGUGCACUGCUCAUGCCCUUUGGCCACGUCCUACAUCCUCUGUGAUGUUUGGACUGUAGCUGCUGUAGGUAGAUGGAAGUACCACCCCACAGGUUCAGUGUAUCUCAUUGCUCAAAUCCUGAGGUGCACCCCAUGUCUGAAUGUUUUGUAUUGAGGUAUGCAAAGGAAGAAGAGAAAAGAAAAAAAGGCUUGAAUGUUACUUUAUUUUUGCCACCUUGCACUGAUUGUGCUUUUUGAUAUUGGACAGAAAAGAAAGUCCAAGUAGGAAAUGUGGCAGUGUUUAGUGACAUGUACUUGUGCAUGCCUUAAAUCCUCCUGUAGUUAACAGGAUGUAAGUAGUUGUGGAAAGUUGUGUGUUGAAUGAGGAGAGACUUCUUGUAUAGUCAGAGGCUUCCAUAGUAAGUUGGUUGUUUUUCUAAAUCCAAGUCUUAACUAGUGCUUGUUGAUACAUGCUUAAGUUUAAACUAAGCAUUUAAAUGUUCAGUGUAUUUAGUUAUAUUAGGAAAUAUGCAAAUAUUUGUAUUCUAAAACAAAAUGAAAGCAUGGAAUGUUGGUAGCUUCAUCACUUCAAAUAAUAUUAUGGCUGAGUGUAUAUUAAGCUGUGCUUUGUUUUGUAUUGAAAGUGCUCAUUGCAUUCUUAUGAUUUUAGUUCAACUAAAGUUCAUAAAAGUAUUAUGUAUCAACAUCCUAAGUUUAUUAUAUUGUGCAUAGUUAUGGUCUUAUUUUUUCUUGUUUUCUGCAAAGUUGAGUAAUCAUGACAAAAAAUGUGAAAUAUACAAAGGAAUAUCUUGAUUUUGAAUACAAUUACAGCUAUUGUGCCAGUGGUUUGGAAUACUUUUUAAGGAACAUCUCAGAAGGAAGAGAAUCAGAAUAUACAUCUCCUUUUUAUGUCUGUUUUGCAGUAAGCUGUAAGCUGGAUGACCAGACAGAGAUCAUCUAAAUGUUGAAGUGGUAGAUAGGUGCUCUUAUUUGGAAAUGUGACGCACAAAAAAAUCCAGGUGCUGCGACUUUGUUGCUGCCUUCUCUUCUCAAACAAAUUGUAGAUUAGCCUAACAUCAAAGGUGUGGCUUCUGUAAAUAGUGGGCUUAGUGUGUACAUCUAUAGAAGUUGGUACAUUUUUUGCCCAUCAAAUGGCAUGUCAUUUUUGUAAAUGGUUCAAAUGUUUACAACUGUUGAUGAUGAUAGAUCAUGUAUGUAGGAUGAUAAAGUGAUAAAAAAAGAAAGCAUUCUAUAUAUAUAUAUGGUCAAUACAUACUUCGUAAAAAGCCAUAUGUAAUCCUGCUCUUUCUGCAACUAACAUGUUUAUGGAUACCUGCCAUUAGUAUGUAAGUGUUCAGUCUGCUGGCCUUUUAUAUCAUUUGAUUGUUGCUGGAAGGACAUUUUUGAGCCGUCUGCUGUUGUUAUUAUCCCCCCUUUUGAAAUGAGGCAGAUGUAUGUUGAGGACUUCGACUUUGUAUAGUCUGGUAGCAUCUUUUGAUUGUAGUAAUGAAAAAACAGUUCUGGCUUCUGCCUCAAGAAAAAAAGUAAACAAUAAAAAAAUAAUAUGCUGAGGGACUUGUUUACAGAAAGCAUUGCAGUCUGCUUAACCAUGUGACACAAAAGAGUACAACUUGUAGAGAUAACUUACUGCCUCACUGGCUGGCUUGAAGAUCAUCAAGUUUACACUGUGGUUAAGUGAGGAAUCUGUUUCAGAAUAUAGACUCUUUAGCUGGUUAGGUCUUGAAACUUCAGGUUAUGAAAGGGCUUGAUAAAGUAUAUAUAUAUAUAUACAUAUAGAUUUCAGGUAAUUGAUCUUCAGCUUGCCUUAGUACACCUUACUGUUACCUCAAAAUUUAUGUAAUGGAUUAUAUAGUGAAUUUUAGAUAGUCUAUACCACAAUAUUCUUUAGAACAUACAAGUUUUUUCAGUGUGCUAUGAUAUUAAACACAGUAUACAAAUAAUUAUUUAUGAAUAAGUGUAAUACACUCUUAUAUGGGAAUUCAUUAUAAUCAUCAGUGUUAAAAAUUCACUAAAUUUCCCUGAAGGUUGUAGUUAGGAAACAGUAGGUUGUAAUAGAAAGCGAAAGUAUGUAGAAUUUCAAGAGCAGUCAUGAAAAUCUACUUCAGAAGAGAAAGUUUUAUUCGAAGAAAAUAAUAAGGAAAAUAUACAUUCUCUUAUUGAGUAUUGAAAAUAUGAAUAAAUGGACAGUGAUCUUAGAUUUUCAACUAUAAGAUGUAUCUACUAACUGACCCAUCUGUCUUUUUGUGCUUGAUACAUUGUAGAAAAAACAUUAAUGGCUCAUUUUUUGGGCUGUAGGUUGGAGUGUGGAUACUCCAGUCCUGUGCUUUGACUGUUUCAUCAUCCUUUUUGAUUGUUGGGUCUUUGAAAGAAGCAAUAUUUUUCUACAGUUUUGUACAAAGCUCAUUACCUUCUAAGAUAUGUCCUGUAUAAAACAGCUGGGCCAUUUAUUCGGUGUCUAGUAAUGAGAGUACGAAAUAUUUUGUUCAGGUGGAUAAAGGUAGCAAGAUGAUUCAUUUGGUGUGUGUUGCCUUCGACUCAAGUGCCAGAAUCAGUAUAGUAGCAGAUUUCUCUCCAGUUUCACUUUCAGCACAAAAAAAAAACAUGUUUGUGUUGGGUUUUGAAAGGUAGUUUGUCAUAUGGAAGGGAUUGACUAUUUUCAUUAUGCUGCAGGUUGUGUCAUUUACCUUGUUGUGAUGUACACCCCUAAAAGGGAAGUGUGUCUUAUUGCAGUAUAGCUCAAGUAGCACAAACAUUUUACUCUUUAGAAAGUGAAGUGAUUGCAAUAAUUACUGCUGUUUUUGCUUCUGCAGCUGUUAACUCUUGUUAUUUGAUUGCAGCUGUGUUGGUGACAAAACUUUAAAUGUCAUAACCAUUGUCAUUACAUUUAUAUAGUUAUGUGCUUAGUUGUUAUUAUUUUUUACUAUCAUGACAGUAUUAUGUUUGAUGUUUUAUCUUUUUUGGUGUGUUGAUGAUAAAUUUUAUCAUGCUUAUCAUUUUUUUCAUGUAACAUUGUUAUCAUUAUUACCUAUGCUAUCAUUGUAAGUAUAAUCUGAUUAACAGUUUUCAUUAUCAUCUCUUCUUUUAUGUUAUUUAAAUUCAACAAAAUUAGGAAAAUUUUGUGACUUUAAUAUCAUGAGUUUUUUUUCUUGGUUGUAUUUUAGCACACUUUAAAAUUCGCAGCAAUACAUUUGGUUGGUGAUAUAUUUUUUACUUUUAUUCAUAUUAUGUUUUAUCUGAUUGUGAUAAAAUCUAAUACUCAAAAGAUGUAGUAAGAAUUAUCAAAUGAACAGAUUUAUUAUAUAUAAAGAUCAUUGAAUUCAUGUUGUGCAGACUGAAGUCAGACCAAAAAGCUCAGCUUGAUUUGUCUGGUAAAAAGUAUUAUGAUCCUUUAUUGUUGACUGACAUAGAGAGAGAAAAGAUGAAACAGAAAAUACACAUGCUCGCAGCUUUCAAGCCUUGAAGGUACCUCAAAAGUGCUCAAAGUUUGUACUAUUAAAUUUGAAUGUUUGUAUGUUGAUUUGUGUUCAGUGUUUACCUCCCAUUGCAUACGGAAUGACCCUGUGUUGCUGUGUUUCCCUUUCAAAUUCUUAAAAUAGGUGGAUAUUGGAGAUAUAAUUUUUUUUUUUUUUUUUAAGUGAGAUUCCAUGUCAUUGAUGAAUGUUGAAACUGAACACAUAUUUUUGGAGUGCGAGUCAAAGAUAGAGUGACCAUUUUCUUUCUCGCAUCCCUUUUCUUUUUAUUGGAAUCAUGUUGGUUUGCAGUUAAUCAUUGGGAUAAAUUGUAUAUGUUUUUUUUCUGAUACGUGCUAUCAAAGGUACAACGAUUAUUAGAACUGUAGUUUUAGUGCUAGUCCACUAGUCAUUUCUUUUUUUCCAUGGUAUUAACACAAAGGUAACUAUGAUCUGUGUGCCUAAAAAUGUGGUCAUAUAUCCUUUACUGUCAAGUUUACUUAAUAUUUGGUGAUAAUGAUUGUCUUGUAUGGAUGUAUUAGUAGUAAUUUCUUGUGUUGAAAUAAGAGUUGAAUUUUUAACUUAAAAAAAAUAUAUAGGAUAUAGAGAAUUUGUUAUUUUGUUAGUUUUUAAAGUUUGUGAAGGAUAAAUGUGACCACUAGUUAAGGAUUCAGUUUUGAUACACAAAGUCUACCAGUGAAAUUGCUUUAUAUCAACCAUUUAAAUUUGUGUAUCCUCUGGGUAAAUUUUUUCUCAGUCACUUGAACCUUUAAUAUUGCUAUGGUGUGGAAGAAAGGUGAAAUAGGGAGAGUCGUGUUCCGGUUCCUAUGUGUAAGUAAAACAUUAAUCUAUAUUUGGCUUUAACGAUAGUUAAGUAUAAUCACAUAAUCCAACUAUGGUUAGUGUAACUGCAUGCCAUUUUGUUCUGCUGACAUCAGGUCACACAUCACAAAUGUCAAAUAUUAAGCUGAAAGUAGAUCUAUUAGUCUCCUUUAUUCAGUUUUGUUCAUAUUCUUAAAAUAGAAUAUGGUCUUUUCUUGUGGUAUUUAAUGCUUCAUUUUAUAUAAAUUAUCUUUCAUGUAUAAAUUAUUUCCUUAGAAAUGAAAUGUGAAUCUACUUAUCUGUGGGUAUGUUGAUACAGGCAUGCUUAUUAUUUUAGGCUAGAAAUAUCCUAAUGGACAAAGGAAGGAAUCUCUUGAGUUUGGAAACAUUCAACACAUUUUUUUUUUUUAAAUAGCUGAGUUUGAAACCUUUUUAUUUCCGUGAAUUCAUUGUCUUUUGUUAUUCAGACUGGUUAAAUGAGAAAUGCAAGAUCGGAUGGAUAUUGCUUGAAAAGUUGUUGAUAAAAGAAAGUCAUAGUAACAAAAAAGGUACUAUUAUGUGAUGAAAUAAAUGGAUGUUGUUAACUUCAGAGCAAUACGUAUUUUGUGUUUAGAUAUAAAAUUUGGUUCUUUGCAACACUGAAAUAAAGUAAUCACUUUGUUAUAGUUAGUGUUAUAUUUUUGUUUAGUGUGUAAAGGGAAAUUAGAUCUGAACAGAGAAUAUAUUACACUAAUUUUUAGAGAGGUUUCGAAAGAAAAAUAACAAAAGUCUGAAAAUGUAUUACAAAGAUGAUGUAUGGUUUAUAUUUCAAGUCUAAAUGAAAAUUAUCACAUGUGUUUGGACUCAGACCCCCCCCCCCCCCAUAUAUCUUGGUGAAAAGUGAGUUGUGCAUUCUCGACCCCAAUGUUAUUAAUGAAAAACUUAAAUCAAUUAUGUAAUUAUUGAAGAUGUGAGAAGUAAAGAUCUGUUAUUAAUAAGGCAGGGGAAUAUAUACUAAUGUUGCAUGUGUUUAUAGAUGUUUACUCCUCCAUGCAAAGUUAAGAAAGUAAAUAUUCAGUUGUAUUAUUAACAUGUGAAAUUUAUGUUGUAACUUUGAUCUCUAAAGUGGAAACUGAUUUGUACUUGAUGGUUGUUUAUCAAGAAAAUUUAAAAGACAAUUUGACUUGAUUAGAAAGACAUGAUUAGUAUUUUCAUAGUGUUAAGUUUUUGUAUUUAUUUAUUUUGUAAUUAUUGGCUGAAAUAUUGUGUGUAAUUAUAAGAAAUCAGAUAAUUUUAUUACUAAAAUAAUGGACAUGAAACACAAAAUUCAGUAAAUGUACUGAAUGAUUAAUGGUAAGUUGUGGAAAAGAUAUAUUUUUGGAGUCCUUAUGAAAAGAAGUACACUUUAAUUUCAACCUAAAUCUGUUUUGGUUGUCAUUUUGCAAUUGUGCUAGUGGUUUGUAUUUUUUGUUGUUGCUUUUUACAAAAUUUGCAGAGCUAAGCUUUUGGAUUUUUGUGAGGUAUUUGUAACCAAAGUGCAGAGCUUUACCCAAUUGUUAAUUUAAGUCUGAAAAUAUGAAUAAAAAAUUACUACUUUCACAAAGA